ACCUCUCCUUUUGGGCUUUUGUUCAUUUUUUAGCGCUCUAAUUUUCCCCAACUUCUCUCGCCUUCUCCCUAUUGAUCUGCCAAUCUCCCCUUCACAUCCCUUGUCCCGAACUUUCGUUUCCAAAAAAAUCAAGCUCUCUGAGCGGGUGCUCAAGUUUAGCAUUUCUCGCAGGUGGCUGGACUAGCUCCUUUCCUUGCGUGCUUGUUGGAGUUAUUCUCAUUUUCCAUGGCAGACGAGGAAGCUGUUGAUCCGAAGAAGCUUCUUGAAGAGGCUUGCAUGCCAAAAUGUGUGAAGCCAUUACUUGAAUAUAAGGCAUGUGUGAAGAGAAUCCAAGGCGAUGAAAGUGGGAACAAGCACUGCACUGGCCAAUACUUCGACUAUUGGUCUUGUAUUGAUAAAUGUGUUGCGCCAAAGCUGUUUGAAAAGAUUAAAUAAUACAAUAGAUUGUUCAGGGCGAUCAUUUUCUAUUUUGCCUACAGCUCGUAAAGCUGCUUAUUCCCUACUUCUCAAUAGUAAUGGAUGUUUGGAUUGUUUUUUUUCUGGCAUUUCCUAGUUUUCAAUUGCUGAGGAAAACUUGAGUUGUGAUCAAUAAGAUGAAACCUGGGUAACAUUCUCCUGACCAAAUUUAUCAACUUUUCGAAGAUUGAAUCCAAAGAAAGAUUUUGGAGA